AUGAUGAAUAAGUCAUUACGUUUUCCCCUUCCUUCUCUUUUAGGCAAUUUAGCUAUCGCAAAUCGUGGUUCUAGUUUGAGCUUUUCAAAGUCUGCUUCGAGGUUAUUUUCUGAUUGCUCAUCAGCAGAUCCUUUCACUGGAAAGCUGUCUAAAUUCGGCAAGUACGUUGCCGAAUGUUUACCAAAAUAUGUCCAGAAAGUGGAAGUCAGUCAUUUGAAAGAGCUUGAUAUCUGUAUUCAUCCAGAUGGAGUUCUUCCCGUUAUGUCAUUCUUGCGUAAUAAUCAGAACGCACAAUUCGCAUCGUUAGUGGACAUUACUGCGGUCGAUGUGCCGUCAAGAGUUUAUCGCUUUGAAGUUGUGUACAACCUUCUCUCACUGAGAUAUAAUUGCAGGGCUCGUGUCCGUACCUAUACUGACGACCUCACUCCUAUAAACUCUCUAAGCGCUUUGUAUCAAUCUGCAAAUUGGUAUGAAAGGGAAGUGUGGGAUAUGUAUGGAGUCUUGUUCUCUGAUCACCCAGAUCUGCGGCGUAUCCUCACUGAUUAUGGUUUCCGGGGUCAUCCUCAGCGUAAGGAUUUUCCUCUAACUGGUUACACCGAAAUGCGCUAUGAUGAAGAAUUGAAGCGUGUUGUCAUUGAGCCAAUCGAGUUGGCUCAAGAGUACCGUAAAUUCGAUUUCAAAACUCCAUGGGAAACUUUUAACAAAUUCUGCGAUUCUAGGCGUAAUGUUGCCAAAAUUGCCUGUUCGGAAAAUCCCAAAUCGCCAAACGCAAUAUCCGAUAAAUAG